AUGAAUUCUGCUAACGACGCCAUUUUUUAUGGCGACAAGAACUCAGUGCACUACAACGAUCUAAACGAAAGUGCUCCAGACAGGUGUGUGAAAAAUGGAGGCAUGCAAAACGAUUAUAUGAUUAGCAAUGAUGUGACCAGUGAGGGAGUUGAUGUUACAGUGGAGCCUGGGGAAAAUGGAGCUGGCAAUGCAGCAUAUUUAGAUACACCUCUCCACCAGCACCUGCCCCCCCACCGGGGAGAGCGAAAAAAGAAACAACACGGAAAAACAGAAAGAGACAAAUAUGACCGAAUUGAUGAACUGGAAAAAUACCUGAACAUUAACAACGCCACGAAUGUUUGUUCACUGAGAAUUAAGUUAUGGGAAGCACUAAUGUUGUAUGUAAACAAUGUAAACGCAGAGCUGAUUUAUUUCAUAAUAAACUGCCUGAUGGAAGUGGAGGUCUAUUGGGGGGAAGAAGCAACCAACAAUUUACAAGACAUUUUAAACCUAAUAAAUGAUAAGAAAUAUAAAGAAGUGUUAAAUAAAAUAGGAGAAACUUUAUCUAGUUUGUCUGUAACGACAGGAAAAGGGACCGAAGAAAAUCCUUUUUUUUACACACUGAUUGUUUCCUCUAGGAGAGAUGAAAACAGCAGUAACUACAACUCCGACUUGGCAUGUGAACUGAACAAGAUUCUGCAGUAUGAGCAUAACAGAUUGUCCAACCAGAAUAAUAAUAAAAAAUUGGAAUACAAAAUUAUCGAGGUGAGUAACGCAAAGGAGGCUCUCCUAGCUUGCUUAAUAAAUUCGCAGAUUUUAUCUGUUGUGCUGGUGGAUAAUUUAUCCAUUGAUGAGGAUUACAAGAGGGAAGGUUUUGAGUUUUACAACUUUAGUGAGGAGAACUCCUUAAACAACAAAUGCGGGGCAGUGUCCCCUUAUGUGUUGAAAUGUGGCAUGGGGAAUGGCGGCACCCAGAUGAAGCCUCCCUUCACGCAUAGCGUGCAUAAUGGGUCAUCCUCCAACAGUAGGGAUGCCAUGAGGAACAUGAUUCUUUCCAAUUACCGUGGCUGCAAUGGUAACAAUGGGAGUGUUUGUAAUAAUUACUGCGGGGGGAGUGGUCACUGUGGAAGUGCCCCCAGUGCGAACAACCCAAACAGUAGUGGCAGCACUGUGCUGAAUGAGCACAAGAAGGGAACCAACCUCCUUAUGAAGGACUACAAGUUCGAUAUAGGGAACUUCGUCCUGGGGUACGAACAGCUCGUGGCUGCGCCGUUGGAGAAGAUGAAGAAGGGGUUCAACAGUUUAGUGAUCCUCAUUAAGAGCAUCGCGUAUAUUAGAAGUUCGGUGGACAUUUUUUGUGUGUGCACUUCCAUCACGCUGGAUAAGCUACAAACUGUGAAUAAUAAAAUAAUUAGGAUUUUCACCACACACGAUGAUCAUAGUGAUUUGCAUGAAUCCAUCCUGGAUGGAGUGAAGAAGAAGAUAAAGACGCCCUUUUUUAACGCCUUGAAAGCGUAUGCUGAGAGACCCAUUGGUGUGUUUCACGCGCUAGCCAUAAGUAAAGGGAACAGUGUGAGGAGAAGUAGAUGGGUUCAGUCACUCCUUGAUUUUUAUGGUGUAAAUUUAUUUAAAGCGGAAUCUAGUGCUACCUGCGGCGGAUUAGACAGUUUGUUAGAUCCACAUGGGUCGUUAAAGGAAGCACAGAUAAUGGCUGCACGGGCGUACGGGAGCAAGUACUGUUUUUUCGUCACAAAUGGAACGUCCAGUUCGAAUAAAAUAGUGAUGCAGGCAUUGGUGAAGCCGGGCGAUAUUAUCCUAGUAGAUAGAGCUUGCCACAAAUCUCAUCAUUAUGGAUUUGUUCUAAGUCAAGCGCUACCGUGUUACUUGGAUCCCUACCCGGUGUCGAGAUAUGGAAUAUACGGUGCAGUACCGAUAUAUGUAAUUAAGAAGACGCUUCUAGAAUAUAGAAAUAGUAACAAGCUACACUUGGUUAGGUUGAUAAUUUUGACCAACUGCACUUUUGAUGGUAUUGUGUAUAACGUUAAGAGGGUUAUAGAGGAAUGUUUAGCCAUCAAGCCGGAUUUAAUUUUCCUGUUUGAUGAAGCAUGGUUUGCUUACGCAUGUUUUCAUCCCAUACUGAAGUUCAGAACGGCCAUGACCGUUGCAGAUAAAAUGAGGAACCAAGAGCAGAAGAGAAUUUACAGUAAGGUGCAUAAGAAGCUUCUAAGAAAGUUUGGGAAUGUAAAGAGCUUAAACGAAGUUGCAGCGGAAAAGCUUCUAAAAACGAGGUUGUAUCCUAACCCGGAUGAAUACAAAGUGAGGGUGUAUGCCACGCAGUCUAUUCAUAAGUCAUUGACGUCAUUGAGGCAAGGAAGUGUCAUACUGAUAAGUGAUGACAAUUUCGAGUCACAUGCGUAUACUCCGUUUAAGGAAGCAUACUACACCCAUAUGUCGACCUCGCCGAAUUAUCAAAUAUUGGCCACGUUAGAUGCGGGGAGAGCUCAAAUGGAACUGGAAGGAUAUGGUUUGGUGGAAAAACAAGUGGAAGCAGCUUUUCUCAUUAGAAAGGAACUAAGUGAAGACCCUAUGAUUUCUCGCUACUUCCGAACCUUGAAUGCUGAAGAUUUAAUACCUGAUAGUUUGAGGCAGUGUCAUAGUUUAUACAUGAAGAGGAAGAAGAAGUGUACCAAGGAGGGUUAUUCGACAGACUCGAAAGGAAGUGAUAAUGGAACCUAUUCCUGCGUGUCGAACAAUCAGGGUAAGGGAAGCACUACUACAAAGGAGCAGCGUUCCAGACAACUACGCAGGGUCAGGAGAGGUGGAAGCGUUACAAAAUAUGAUCAGCCAAUACAGAGUAGUAACAUAUCGUCUCACGAAUGUGUGAAUGACGCAAAUGAUGCAAAUAAUGCAAAUGGGUGCACCAAUCAUGUAGUGCGGAAUUCGCUCAUGUUGGGGGAUUUCACGAAUAAUAAUAGCCCGGCGGAGGGGGGGCUAAACGACUUUGCUAAUAAUGACCCCCGUGGGGGUGUAAAAAUGAGCAGACGAAAAAGCCGAAGAAAUGAGCGAAACGGAAAGGAGGGCGGAACAUCCGGAACGAUAGACGACAGCAACAACGGAAGUAUUAUCCUGAAUAGUGAGAAUGAAAAUCUGAGUUUUGUACAAGAUAGGCAUAAUAAGAAUUAUGGCAGUUCUUCCUACUCACCGGGCAUGAAAAAUUUCUUGGAAUAUUUUGAAUGCUCCUGGUUGAGUGAAGACGAAUUUGUGUUGGACCCCACGAGGAUUACUCUCUUCACUGGUUACUCAGGAAUCGAUGGAGAUACCUUCAAAGUGAAGUGGCUUAUGGAUAAGUACGGCAUCCAGAUAAAUAAGACGUCCAUAAAUAGUGUCCUUUUCCAGACGAAUAUCGGAACGACGGGUUCAUCUUGCCUCUUCUUAAGAAGUUGCCUCUCUCUAAUAUCGCAGGAGCUGGACCAAAAGAAGAGUCUCUUUAACGAGAGAGACCUAAACCAGUUUAACGACAGUGUCUACAAUUUGGUUUCCAAUUACAUUGACUUAUCCGAGUUUAGUGAAUUCCACCCCCUGUUUAAGAAAAGAUAUUCCGACCAGAGAAUAUUCAAUAGGGAAGGAGACUUGAGAAUGGCUUUCUACUUAGCGUAUGAGGAAGAUUAUGUGGAAUAUAUUUUAAUGGCCGACCUGAAAGAACGAGUAAGACAAAACGAGUUGAUCGUGUCGGCCAGUUUUAUCAUUCCAUACCCUCCAGGGUUCCCUGUAUUGGUACCAGGGCAGUUGAUAAGCCAAGAGAUCGUGGAGUACCUCUCAGGUCUUAGUGUUAAGGAAAUACAUGGUUAUGAUGAGAGCAUAGGGUUCAGAUGCUUCUACAAUUUUAUCCUAGAAUAUUUUUACAACCUGGUAACUUCCGACCCUUAUGGCUACUACCACAAGAUGGAUAAGGGGACCUACGAAAGGCUGAAGUGUGCUCAUUUGAGCAAACGAAGGAGCAUAGACAAUUCGUACAACCUUUACAUAUACGACAAUGAAAGGAACCGGAUGAAGAAGAUGCAUGUGUGUAAUGGGAGCUCCUCCAUUUAUAAUAACACGUCCAUUAGUGAUACGUACGAGGAUGUUAUGCAGGUGAAUAACCUGAGGAGCGACCACGGAAGGGGUAACAACCAUCACCACCACAACCACCACCACGUUAGCGAGUACGACAGUGUGAAUAACAAUUCGACGUCCACCAUUCCAACUGUGGUGCAGGGAGGGGCUGUGGGGGACGGCACGGUGAACGGUGAAAGCUCGAAGAGUGGAAAGGAACGCGGUGCUCCCCGAACGACGGAUGGCACCUCCAACAGUGCAGGUGUUAGCAGCUACAACACCCGAAGGGGAAGCAGGGAGGAGGGGUUCCAGGGGGUAAGCGAAAUGAAUAAUGAGCAGGUCAUUUCGAACGGCACGGUGGGCAGUAUGUGCGAAAGCAACUUGGGCAAAUCGCAUGCAAAAGAAUCAUCCCACGUGAAGGAAUCGUUCAAAGGGAGGGAAGCGACCCGCGCUGAGCAGAGACAGACGAACAUCUACUACCACCGAUCAAACGAUAUGAUGAAAUACGACCAGAAUAACUCCCUGGUUAGUAAGGUAAAAGAAAAUGUGUUAAUUGUUAAGGGGAGGAAAGCCUACGCGAGUUGCGACGUUGGCAGGAGAUCGGCCAAUUAUCGCUAUCGGGAUGAUUCUUCCCCAUUAGUGCCCAAGCACAGGAAGGGGAAGAAGUGCAAGGGGUGUAAAUCCUGCGGUGGAGGGAGGAGCAGCCAGGCGGAUGGCAUCCCCCACAGGAGGGAAGACACAGAUGAAUUCACCAAUGAACGCAGCAAUGAGGAGGAUAUUGAUCGGGGGGGAAGAAAACUCCCAAGCAGACCUUCUAACGGUAGAGUUAUGAAGAAGGGGAAGAAAAAGAAUGCCUCCAUAGGGACAUCGGGCCGGGAUGUAGCCUGUGGGGAAAGUGAGGCAAAUAAUACGGAAGAGAUUGCCGAAGAGAAUGAGCAGAAAAAUGUGGAAGAUAGUUCGGUUGAUAGUAAUAACAGCGAUGGCGAUACGACCAUGCCCGAUGAGGACGGUGAGAGCACCCCAACUGCGAAGGAAAGAAGGCACAGCGGCAAAGCGCAAAACGUAGAAGGAACAGACAGUAGAAGGGGCAAGGUGCGAAAACAAAAAGGUAACCAUAGCAGGAACUGCAGUCGCCAUAGUGAUGACAGCAGCGCCGUACAGAGUGACGUCACGGUGAACACUUUGAACCAGGCCAAUUCCACAUCAGGAAUACAUCGCGUGAGGAAGGAGAAAAAAAAUGAAAAAAGUGAAGACGUAAGGUAUAAGGGCGAUGGGGAAGGUAACCUCAUUCCAAAGGUGAGGCAAUCGAACCCUGUUAUGUGCAACCAAUUAGGGAAAAGUCGGUUAAGCAUGCAGAUGCAGAGGAAGUCUGCACCGGGUGGAAGUCACUGGAGUAGCCCCCUGAGUUGUGUGGACAAUAAGAACUAUUCGUACUGCUCCGGUUCGAGGAAGAAAGGGAAUGAACUGGAAGGCGUGGGGGGUAGCAUCAAAAGGGAGGAUAAUAACGCUACAGUUGCCAGUGGAAGUAGUAGUCGUUCUAGCGGGCAAAGCAGGGGCAUGACCUCCUCGGAGAAUUACCAAUCAAGUGAGAACCUAAACAAAAGGGGAACCCACAGCCACGGCAGCGGAAACAGUUCGAGUGGGCUGAGUGGGAGUGAACAGGCCAACCGUAAUGGGACUCAUUCUGGGGGGAAAAAUGCGAAAAAAAAUGACGAAGAGGUACACAACAAAAUGAAGGAAAUGAACAGUCCAAACGGGUCAGAGAGGAAUGGCUCAAAUGAGGGAGCACCCUUAAAUAGAAAUAUUUUUAUUAGUAAGGAAGACAUAGACAAAGUAAGCGAGGACGACCAAACUGGUAGUGACAACUCAUCGAAGAGUAGAAUGACUUCAGACGCUCACCUGCCACGUAGCAGCGAAAUCAAUAGUGGUGGUGAUGACGUCAGUGGGAGUGGAAAGAGAGCAGGAAACAGACUUGGUGCCCGUAUACACUCGAAUGGAAAUGAAGCCAAUAAUGGAAUCCCAAACACGCAGGGAAAAGGUGAAGUAGCCUUUUGUGGAAAUGAGUAUGACUAUGAUGAAAACGAUUUGAAGGUCAAUUCUGCUGCUAGGGAAAGCAACGAAUUGGAGAAAAACUGCAUCAGGAAAUUAAACUCGCUUAACAAUAAUAGCUACAUAAAUAAUUUAAUAACACAUGUGGACGACGAUACGUUCAUCCAUAAGGAGGGGAAUUUCUUCCUGGAGUGUGCCCUGACAAAUUCAGAAAUGAACGGCAGUUCCUUCGAAAUGGAUAUAUCCAUGAAUAAUGUGUAUUCUAAAGGUGGCGAUGGGGGCAGGCACCCUGGCCGCUACGACGAAGGGAAGAAGAGUGACUUUGAGUAG